UCACCAAACUACAUUCCCUGUUUCAUUGUAAGAAGGUAGAUGCCAUGAGGCUUGAGAACCAAGCGAUAUCUUAGUCCAAAAUAGGCAAGUACAGGAGCUCCGCAAUCGCGGGUGAUUGCACGUGAUCCGUCGCGAGCUCUCAUUUCACCCAGCUACAUACGCCCCGGAGCCACAAGCGCAACAAUGGUUCUGGAACUCCAUGUCUGGGGACCAGCCUUUUCGCUGCCCUCAAUUGAGGCGCAAUCGUUGGCUACUAUCGCAUACUUUGUUCUAGCCGUCCCGAAGGAUGAGUGGGUACUUGUCCCAAGCAGUGACCCUUCCGUGUCACCGACAAAUGAAUUGCCUGCCUUGAGGGAUGGGACUACAUGGGUAAGCCGGUUUCGCAACAUCGUCGACUACCUGCGGCAAUACUCGGACGGAGAAUGGGAUCUGGAUGGGUGGUUAACGGGGUUGGAGAAGGCGGAUAAUAUCGCCUUUGCCUCCUUCAUCGAAUCGCGUGGACAAACCCUCCUCGAUCUAUCGCUCUACGUCUCGAGCCAGAAUUAUUACGGAAGCACAUCACCAGCUUAUGGCACCAUCUUAACAUGGCCCAAUAUGUGGAUCCUCCCACCGAAACUACGUGAUGGCGCAAAGACACGAACAGAGCAUUUGGGACUAUCAUCCCUAGAUCUAGAUGCGAUAGAAGAACAAAGGAACCGGGAUCAGUCUUCUGCGACGGCAACAGCAAAGAUCCCCAAGAGCCUGAUAAAGAGACCCCGGGAUACCGUCUCUAGUCUGUUAGGAAGAACUCCGCAGCAGAAUCAGUUCAAACUGGAAGCACUCACGGCGGAGUUCUUUGAGCCGUUCGAGGAACUCCUGGGCAACAAGUCAUAUUUGCUGUCUGAUGAGCAUCCUUCGAGUUUGGACUGCCUCGCAAUUGGGUAUCUAUCGUUAGCUUUGGUCCCGGAGCUCCCAUAUCCCUGGCUCCGCGAAUCGCUACAGGCGAAGGCACCAAGGCUAGCCGAAUACACGGAGAGGAUGCGCCGACGGUGUUUUGGCAUGGUCGAUGUCUCUUCCGUCUUCGAGCCAAACGGUGCGGUUUCGUCGCUUCCAUGGAGGGUCCCUGAGCGUGUUACUGUAGGCAAGAUCGGUUCCACAUUGAUCAACACGCUUGCCGACUCUACUCCCAUUGUCAAGGAGCUCCGCGCGAACGACCGUCUGCGGGAUGCUGCAAAGGCGCCAGAAUCUGGCUUCACACCCGAGGAAAGCAAGGCCAUAUCCGAAGUCUCGCAGGCGCAAAAACGGGAUGUGUACGUGACCAUCGCAACAGUUGCAGCCGGUAUCACAGCCUUUGUGGGCUACUUGUUCCACGUGGGACUGAUCCAAGUGAGCCUCGGCGGUGGUUCCGAAUUGGAGGGGGAAGAUGAAGGCGAGGAAGUCGAUUUCGAAAUGGGGGCGCUGGGUGACGCUUUAUCUGGACUGUGAACACAGUCUGCGUUCAAAAAUUCCAAUAUAGCUUUCCUGUCUUGUUUGAAUACUACCUUUUUUCUAUGGACCUUUCUCCUUAUUCCCAUCUGUCCCAUCUCCAAGCUGCAUUAGAGGCUGCUUAUCCCCUCUGAAUCUGCAAUCAUUUUCAUAUGCCAGAGCAUUUGUUCGAGUGUACCCCAUGAUAGACUGUACUACUAGACAAUAGCACAGAAUAUAGCGGAAGUGUGAAUCAUUAUUACCGAGAGG